CACAAUGUGGAAGAAGAAGCUACUGACUCCUCUCGCCUCUCUCCUCCGCCGGCGAACCCUAACUCAUUUCUCAACCCCACAGUUCCAAUCCCGCCCCAAUCUCCAAAAGCUCCGCCCACUUUUCCCUCUUCCCGGCAUAUCUUUCAUCUCCUCCCAAUCCAAUCCCGCCCAGUGCUGGAACUGCUGCGCCGCCGCCGCCGCUACGACGCCGUUUCUGCUCUGCUCCUCCUGUCGCUGCAUCCAGCCCGUCGAUCACUCCGUCGAUUACUUUCAGAUUUUCGGACUGGAGAGGAAGUAUGAUAGUGUGGAGGAACAUCUAGAGGGGAAGUAUAAGGAUUGGCAGAAAAAGUUGCACCCUGAUCUUGUUCAUUCCAAAUCGGAGAAGGAGAGAGAGUAUGCUGCGGAACAAUCUGCUCGGGUGAUUGAUGCAUACCACACACUUAGCAAGCCCUUGGCCAGGGCAAUCUAUAUUCUGAAGCUUGAAGGUGUACACAUCGAUGAAGAAGAGACACUUACUGACUUAGAUUUGUUAAGUGAGAUUAUGGAAAUAAGGGAAGCUGUUGAAGAGGCUCCCGACGCUCAAGCCUUAAAUCAGAUUCAGUCUCAGAUGCAAGAAAAACUGAAGCAGUGGUGUAAUAAUUUUGCCAAGGCAUUUGAAAGCCAUAAUUUUGAAGAAGCCGUAAAAGCUAUUCGGUGUAUGACUUACUAUGAGCGUGUAAAUGAAGAAAUUGUAAAGAGACAGUAAUGAAGGUAGGAUUGUAUGCCUACAGUUGUGUAGUGAAGGCUGGUUCUCUUACCUAUAUUGCUAGUAGGACUUAUCAUCUAGCAACUUUCAGGCUGGGGCAUGUGAAACUGAUAUGGUUAUUGUGCAAACAGAAUUCAAAUUCAUGAGUGGGAAUUACACCCUACAAUGAAAAAAGUGUAAGUAGCUUAUGUUUCAG